AAUAGGCAGUGAACACGCGCGGGCUCUCUCUCUCCCUCUCUCUCUUUCUACCUCCCUUCCCCGCUCUAGCUCUCUCGCAACUCGCUUCCGUGUGUGCGCGCGUGCGCGUGUGUGUGUGCGAAUGUGUGUGUGUGCGCGCGCGUGUGUGUUUCUUCUCUUUUUAUGAUAUCAAUGAACGACUUUCUGAGUAGGACUUCAACAGAAGGAAUCAAAAGGCUCCAUCGGGACCAAAACGCCAUCUCGCGUUUGCGCCGUCGCAAGCCACCCUCAACUCGCCGGCCGGUCCCAACGAAGAUGGCAACUUUAACCAACGGGCAGGUGGACAGCGGCGUGCACGGUGUCGGGAUCGGGGUGGUCUCCGCCAGCACCAACGGGCUCGUGAACGGAUUAAGCCACAGCCACAGCCCGGCGGGCUGCCCGGCCACCAUCCCCAUGAAAGACCACGAUGCCAUCAAACUCUUCAUCGGUCAGAUCCCCCGCAACCUGGACGAGAAGGACCUGCGGCCCCUCUUCGAGGAGUUUGGCAAGAUCUACGAGCUGACGGUGCUCAAGGACCGCUUCACGGGCAUGCACAAAGGCUGUGCCUUCCUAACCUACUGUGCCAGGGAGUCAGCCCUGAAAGCCCAGAAUGCAUUGCAUGAGCAGAAGACCCUGCCCGGGAUGAACAGACCAAUCCAGGUGAAGCCAGCAGACAGCGAGAGUCGAGGAGAAGACAGAAAGCUCUUUGUGGGCAUGCUCAACAAGCAACAGUCGGAAGAUGACGUGCGGCGCCUUUUCGAGUCCUUCGGCGGCAUCGAGGAGUGCACCAUCCUGCGAGGUCCGGACGGCAACAGCAAAGGCUGCGCAUUUGUAAAAUACUCGUCUCACGCCGAAGCUCAGGCGGCCAUCAGUGCACUACACGGCAGCCAGACAAUGCCUGGUGCCUCAUCCAGUCUGGUGGUGAAGUUCGCAGACACCGAUAAGGAGCGCACCAUUCGCCGCAUGCAGCAGAUGGCUGGUCAGAUGGGCAUCUUCAACCCUAUGGCCCUGCAGUUUGGCGCCUACGGAGCCUACGCUCAGGUGCAACAGCAGGCAGCAUUGAUGGCAUCUGUCGGCCAGGGAGGCUACCUCAGUCCGAUGGCUGCCUUUGCUGCGGCCCAGAUGCAGCACAUGGCCACAAUCAAUGGCCUCCCCGGAGCACCACUCACACCCACGUCAGGCGGCAGCACUCCUCCAGGCAUCAGUGCCCCUACAGUGACCAGCAUCCCUUCCCCCAUUAGUGUCAAUGGUUUUACUGGCAUGCCGCCCCCUCAAGCAAAUGGACAGCCACCCGCAGAAGCCGUCUUCACCAAUGGGAUACACCAUUACCCUGUGUUGCAAGAAGUGGUUUUUAGGGAGGACUCUGAGAAAAAUGGACUGGGUGUAGCUCCAAGGAGUUGUUUUGGAGUUCAGGGUGGCUGUUUUCUCUCCUCUCUGUCUGAAGCUCAAAGUCCCACUGCAGCUGAUCCUCUCCAGCAGGCUUACACGGGAGUCCAGCAGUAUGCAGCAGCCUACCCCGCUGCAUACGGACAGAUCAGCCAGGCCUUCCCGCACCCUCCAACCAUCAUCCCACAGCAGCAACGAGAAGGGCCAGAGGGUUGCAACCUGUUCAUCUACCACCUCCCUCAGGAGUUUGGAGAUGGCGAACUGAUGCAGAUGUUCCUGCCAUUCGGUAAUGUCAUCUCCUCCAAAGUGUUUGUGGAUCGAGCGACAAACCAAAGUAAAUGCUUUGGCUUUGUGAGCUUCGAUAACCCAGGCAGUGCCCAAGCUGCCAUCCAGUCAAUGAACGGCUUCCAAAUUGGCAUGAAAAGACUCAAGGUGCAGCUAAAGAGGCCAAAGGAUGCAAACCGCCCGUACUAGCCCCGGCCUCAGCCUGCCGCUGCCAUCCAAGGCGGCCGGGGUAGCUGCCGCACACCGGGUUUUGUAGAGCUGAAUUAUAUGUUGACUCUUUGCUCCCCGCUGUAGAAUGCAAACUCAACAUCUGGAACACUGAGGCUGCUUCAGAAGGAGAGGACAUCAAGACAGAGAGAAAACUGUCAGGGUCUUGGGAAAUUCCUUUUGGAUGUACUAAAACCUUUGGAACACAUUGAGAAUUUGUACCAACUUAGUUUACCCUUGGACCUUUUCCUCUGCACAUACAGUAUAUAUAGAUAUAAAAUACACACACACACACACACAUUCUUCCACUCAGAACCCCGCUUGAAUGACAGCUACCUUUUUUGAACCACAAUAACUUUUACUUGAACAAUGACGGGGGAGAAAGUAAAAGACCAAAAAAAAAACCCACUUUAAAUGACCAACCCUGAUGAACUAUUAAAGGGAAGAAUGGCUGUCAAAAUUCUAACAAGAACAAAAACUUUUUCAAAACUGAACAGAGGAUUGUUGAUGUUUUUUGUCUGAUUUGUGUUGGGGGUCAGUUGACUUGAUACACAAAGAAACAAAUUCCAGAAGAGACACGGGAAGUCGGGAAUGUGAUAUUAUCAGGAAACACAUUGGGUUGGAUUUGGGAUGGCUGUCUUUAGCUUCGGAGUGCCUGUCCGUUUCCAGGGGAUACCAUUGCCAAGGAGAACCAUAGCAACGGUCUCCAGGGAGUCUUACCUGUCAUUCCUUAGUUGUUUUAGGGACCAAAAGACCAAACAUUUUUUAUUGUUGAGACUUGUAGCUCGAAUAUACUUGGACCACUGCAUCUCUUUCAGUCAGUGAUAACUGGCUCAAGAGUUGUACCAAAAAGAAGUGUACAUUUCAUAUAUGUGUGUGUGUAUGUAUAUAUAUAUAUAUAUAUAUAUAUAUAUAUAUAUAUAUAUAUAUACACACACACACGCACACAUACACACUUUGCUGAUAUGCUUUGGAAUACAGGCAACUAUUUCAGCUGACCAAAUGGGGUCUCUCACUUUGUUAGUUUACAAUCACUGAAAAUGUUUUCGUUGCAUUCUACUCAUUUUGUCUCGGUUGGAUGGAGAGUGCAUGGGAGGGGCUGCUCCGCAUCACAGCCUUACAGUAUCUUUUUUAACUUAACAUCCUAACCUCAUAGAUAGUGUAACAUCAGAAACCUUUGAUCUAUACGAACUUGUUUAUAUUUGCGGUACAUAUAUAUGUAUAACGAACGUUCAAGAAAACGCAUUCAUAUAUACACAGCAUAUAUGGAUAAACAGAUAUUAAUCAUAAGCAAAGACAUAUGUACUUAAGUGCACAUAUUUGAUAUAUGUGUGUCUGUAUAUAGAACCGCUACUGACUAUGUUGAGAUGUAAUUUUGAUUUAUUUUGGGGUGGGGGGAGAUCUUAGCCGGAGUUUGAAAAAUUGCUCUGCUUGGGAUGAAUCGCAAAUCUGGCAGCUCCCGAAAACUGCAGGCAUUCCUUUUUCCUGAUUACCUACAGUAAAUGCUGACAAACAGUAUGCAGGACUGCUUAAGGAUAUGUGUGUGGGAAUGCACAUGAUGGGUGUAAAUAUUGUCUGAAAAUGCAAAAAGCCAGAUCUCAGUAGCAGGCUUCAAGAAAAAUCAGGCUGGAUUAUCUUAGAGGAAAAGAACAAUGAUCUUUGACUCGAUUCCAAACAUAUCCUUUAUGCUUUGCACGCACGCACGCACACACACAUUCACAUACAAAACUUCUCUUUGAAACUUGAACCAAAAUGAAUAUGUCUCACAACCUUUGCUCUCUCUUGCAUUCAGUGAAAAAAAGUGCAUGUAGCGUAUGGGCUGUCACCAUGUCAGGGUGUGCCUUGUCACCUGCAGAAUCUGCCAUCAAACACUGUGCUCUCCCCAAAACAAAAAGAAUUUUAAAAAAUUAAAAAAAAAAACCCUCUCACACACUUCUACAAGCAGCCAGCGCACUAUUAUGAUGUCAAAACUCCAACCAGAUCCAUACCAGUGCUCAGCUGUGUAGAGGUUCAGUGCAUGUCCACACUUGGUCUAUAUCGAUGUCUUUGAACUUUUCAAAUAUAUGUAUCGUCUACUCACACAUUAUGCUUCAAAGAAAAGUGGGCAUUAUCAAAUCUGCGAGGACAACUACAAACCAUCAAAGCUGCAGGCAAGGCACCUGUGACGAAGUCAAUAUUAUUAGUGUCAGUUUGUAGGUGUAGGCAAUAAAUGGCUAUCAGCAUUUAGUCAUUGACAAUUAUUGGCAUAAUGUGUAUGUUUUAGAUAGAGCAGGGGUCUCCAACAGAUGUGUCCUGAGUUACCAGUAGAUGGUUACCCGCUUAGUUAAUAGUUGGCAAAAUGCUUAAAGAACAUUUGUACUUUUGUAGUGAAACAGUUCUCAUCUAUUCUCCUAUAGAUUGUAAAACACCAUUGAUCCAAUUUGUGCCAUUGAGAUGAUUGGGCCUAAAGAGUGUCUUUUAAUGAUGGGGGGCUACCAAUAGAUGGGCAUAUAAAGCAAAUGUUUAAAAGAAAACAUAUACUCUGAGUUUUUAAAAAAUCUGCAUAUUCCUUGAUCAAGGCACUGUUGUCAAUAAAUGACCAAAUUAUUCUUUUUUGAGAUGAAAAUAUUCCCAUGUAAACAAUCUUUACAUUUAUUUAAACCUACCAUAUUAGCUGUUUUUAUUUUACUUGGGAAGCAGCUCAUAUAACAUACAGUAAAUGGUUGGAGACCCCUGCUUUGGAAAAUGCUGCCUUGUGGUCCAAAUCCUUAUGUAAUCCAAUAUAACAAGAAAAACAGUCAAGUGGAGCAAUAAGUGUGGGGGAAAAACAUUUAUCCAUCACAGUGACUGAACCUCUAAGGUAAGUUUCAUAUUACUUUAGAAUACAAUUUGAGGUAAUGGUAAAUAUACAGUACAUUCUAAAGGUCACCACGCCACUGCGAGAGAUUACUUUAUCCAUGUGAAUUUUUAUAAGACUGGAAAACAAUACUUCCUGUUAUGUGUUGUUAAACGUUUUCCUAUAAAUGGUUCAUUAUUUAUUCCUUACCACAAGAUGUUCAAUGUUUUAAAAUGAUCGAAUAGCUGAACUUUUACCUGCCAAAACCGGUGAGGCAAAAAAUAUUUCGUCCGACUUCCGAGGAUGCCUGUGCGUGGCUUGGGUGUGCUCAUAAUACUCUCCCGAGCAUGGGAAUCCAUGCAAAGACCAUUCUGACCAGCACCCGGUCUUUGAGCAAGCAGAACUAACAUCUUACGUCUUAAGCUCAAUCAACUAAAUGUGUGGUGAGCCUGCUUUGACUGCAACGCAAAAACAAACUGGGUUUGACAAGGAUUUGUUUGAGCCACAGGUGGUAAAUGCCAAGCACAUCAUCUUCAUUAGCCCACAAUAGCUACAGCCACAACUACAAGUUGACAAGAGAAUAAAAAAAAAUUCUGGUUUAAAACAACACAGAUGAAGCAAAAGUCUGAGUAUAAAUAUAUAUAGAGAUAUGUAAACAUAAACUGAUGAAUAUACUGUAAAUGGUUUUGUUUUGUUUUUGCUCUGUUUCCCUCUGUACAUAGGUUUCCAUAUUUUAUAGGACUUUUACUUCUAUCUACAAGGACUGGAAAAAGUACUUUGAAUACUCAAAAAAUAUAUAUGAAUGAAAACAUGAUAAUGCUCCUUAAAACCAGGUACAAAAAAAAAAAAAAGUUGCUAGGGUACAGUGCGAAAUGUAGGACCUGACCAAGGCAUUUAUCCAGAAAACAGUCAGGGAGAGCAUUGACCUCAGUUAGAGCUUGGACACACGUUGACCUAUUUUAUAACAGAAAUACUUUACUAUGUUCUAUUCAUUUCUGUAUUUAUUUAGAAGUCAUGUUUGAGAUGAUAUGCAUGCUUUCAUGGCAUUAUUUUUCUAUGAGUUGGUACGUGACCAAAUAGUUUUUAUAUGACAUGCAUGGGCCACUGUUGUGGUCCUCAGAUGAUCAUUGUUCCUGUCUUCAGGACCAUGCCUUCAGCACUUAGAAGAUGGAGAAAACAGCUCCUAUUGACCAAGUGAUGUCAAAGACAAAUUUUAAUAUUUGCUUAUUUGUGUUUAUUUAUUGUCAAUGUAUUUAUUUAUUUGUUUAUUUAUUUGUUUGUGCUGUUUUGACUCAAGAUCUGAGCUCUAUUAUUGCCACCAAGGGGUCUUGCUUAAAAGUGCCACUUUGUACCACUGUCACAUUACCUCUUCAUGUGUUGGAAAUCUCGAAAACAACGGAUUGAUUAUUCGAUUUCCUGUUUCUGAUGAACAUUUGAAAGCAAUGCAGCCAAUUACUGUUUCUAAGCCUUAUGUACAUUUCUGUUUAUAACUUAUUGAAGCGAGCUUCAUUGGUUUUAAGAGGAACUAUGAUGAUUUAGCCUAUUUAUUAUACUUAUGCAGUAUGUUGUAUAUAAUAGUAAUGUGCAUAUCAAACCUGGUUUCCAUCUCAUCAGCGCAAAGAAUAUAGAAUCAGAAAUAAGUAUAAUAGGUUCCUUUUGAAAAUGCAAAUUAAAGAUUCUUCUCAUAGGUUUGAUUACCCCCCACAUAAUGUAUGGUUGACCUCUAGUUUAAUGCUCCCUCUUUAACUAACAGUACAAUCAGACAUUUGCCUUGUGGUCACAGUGAGUUUCUGCAAAGCAAAGAGCUAAAUUCUUAAUACGCAAAAUAAAUAAAAUCAGUGAGAUAAAAUACCCUUCGCUCCCCUCCUUCCAUUUUCCGCAUCUUGCUUUGUAUCGUUUUGGCAGAGCUCUGAUCUUGUUCAAGUGAUGUGUUUUACCAAGAGCAAAAGUCAAAGAAAUCUGCACUAUCCUAUCAACAACAACAACAAAAACAGUGUUACUCUCACUUUUAAGUGCUGGGAUAGUUUUCUUCUAAACUCUACAGUGACUGGAAAGGCAUCGUAUGGUUUAAAGGUUACUAUGGAGAUGUAUUUCCCAAUUUCAGCACAUGUGGAGGGUGGGAAAAUGAAUGUUGCAUAAUUAAGCUUUGCCAGGUUCCUGAAGAACCAAGCUUGUGAUGGGCCAAUAUGCUUUAGUCUCCUGCCCCUGACUCGCAAGAAAGACUGCACCAAUUUCUUGUUCCCUUGACUCCUUUUUUGUAAUUUUAAAAUGAAUGAUGCGUCUCAG